AUAAUGACUGAAAUGGAGGACACUCACUUCGAGACCGCCGAUUCCGGCGCAUCCCAGACGUUCCCGAUGCAGUGUUCCGCGCUGCGUAAAAAUGGUCACGUAAUGUUGAAGGGUCGGCCCUGCAAGAUCGUUGAAAUGUCAACAUCCAAGACCGGCAAGCACGGUCACGCUAAAGUCCAUAUGGUUGGAAUUGACAUCUUCACGGGCAAGAAGUACGAGGAUAUUUGUCCGUCAACACACAACAUGGACGUCCCAAAUGUCAAGCGCGAGGACUAUCAGCUGACAGAUAUUGACGAUGGCUUCCUUGUGCUAAUGGGCGAUAACGGCGACCUGCGUGAAGAUCUGAAGAUUCCGGAAGGUGAAUUGGGUACCCAGCUGCGUGCGGAGUUUGAUUCCGGCAAAGAGAUUGUCUGCACCGUCUUGAAAUCAUGUGGCGAAGAGACUGUGAUUGCCAUUAAAAACAACACCUCAGGUGAUAAAAACUAAUACUUCGUUGCCUAUCAAAACUAUCGACGCAAGAGGGGAGAAACACAGCAAAAGGAAAUAAUCA